AGGAGCAGCAGACAGUCUCUCCUCCUCACGCUUCACACCACAGAAGAAGAGAAACAAGAAAGGAAGUGAAGGGAAAAUGGAAGUAAACAGAUAAACUUGAGCUUUUAUUUUGAAGUUUUUCUUUUAUAAAUCUUUACAUCGAUUGUUUUUUCUUUACGUUACGUUUUUAAAAACAAGAUGAGAGUUUUGCUGUUGAUCCUCGGGGUCGUCCUGGCGAUGAUGGUAACCCGGGGCAGCGGAGCACGGGUGGUGAGCGGUCAGACGGUGUGUCUCAGAGGUCCAAAGCGUCCUUGCUAUAAGAUUGCUUACUUCCACGACGUGUCGAGCCGCAUUGCGUUCAGAGAAGCUCGUCAGGCCUGUGAGAUGGAUGGAGGCUCUCUGCUCAGCAUCGAGAGCCCGGUGGAACAGAACCACAUCGAAAACCUGCUGCAGGAGCUUCGUUCAGGAGCAGUGGGCGGUGCAGGAGGAGGUGCAGGAGGAGGAGGUAUAGCGGACGGGGACUUCUGGAUCGGUCUGACUCGGGUGGACGGAGUCGACCAGACUCAUCCUGAACUCAGCAACACCUUCACUUCCUGUCCACAGCUCUACCACUGGACCGAUGGGAGUCUGGCCUCCUUCAGGAACUGGUAUUUUGACGAGCCGUCCUGUGGAGGAGAGGCCUGCGUCGUGAUGUACCAUCAACCAACUGCUCUACCUGGUCUGGGCGGCGCUUAUCUCUACCAAUGGAACGACGACCGCUGCAACAUGAAACACAACUUCAUAUGCAAAUACCAACCAGAGACUCAUCUUGUGAAGGAAAAAGGUGCCACACCUGCAGGGCGGAGCACAGACGCCACUGCAGGUGGAGGUGUGGUCAAACAACCUGCAGGCAGUGAGGAGGUCCCCCCUCAGGUGACCAUGGCUGGAACUUCAGGCAUGUUACUGGUGUACGUGAUCAUACCCACAAUCCCCCUGCUGCUGCUCAUCCUGGUGGCUUCUGGGACAUGUUGUUUUCAGAUGCUCAGUAGAAGUACUCCUCGCACCAAGACUGCCGUCGUGUCUCAGUCAAACCUUUGGAUCUCCAAGACGCCCAAACCAGACCGGAUGGAGGUCUGACAUCUGUGAUGUCACAGUGAUGUCACAGUGUUGUCAGCAGAAGGAUGACAUCACAUCACGCCUCCGCCAAUCAUCUUCAUCGAGCGGUGACGGACAGUGUUUAUACUCGUUCACUGUACUGCAGAAUAAACACAUUACUGCACAUUACUUUCAUGUAGAUAAGUGUACUUUACUGCCCUCUCUUCCUUCCUUAUGUCCUUCUCUCCUCCCCCCUUGAUGUUGAACGUUUGCACUUAAUGAAGUGGCAGUGAUCAGCAGCCAAGAAGAAAUGAAGCACCCCUCAAGGCGGGUGGAGUCACUGCAGGGAUGCGUUUGAUUUCAGAGCAGAGGGGGGUAGGAUUCAUAUUUCUGCAAAUUAAAAAGGGAAGGACAGAGAGAUACAUCGGCCAUCUUUAUAUACAGAUAAACGUGUGUAUAUAUAAGAUAUCAUUUGGGAGGAACAUCAUUUUAUUCUUCAUCUAAUAAGAAACUUGGUCGCCUCCCUUCGGACGAACAGAGAAAAUAGUUUAUUGUGUAAUCAGUAUAUAAACAUGUGAUAACUGGUUUAAAACCCACAAUAAGAGAGUUGUGAGCUAAUUAAAUGUUCAUAAUCAGGUUUUAUAGUUUUGUGAUACUGCUCGACAGUUUUGGUGUUCAAACCCUUUCAUUGCCUACGCUAAGUUUCCAAGAAGCUGAGCGUGUGGUGACCUUUGUCCACGCAAUAUACUUCUCUAUUGUACGAGAGACUUCGGCAGGUGUACGAUUAGCUCCUUCUGACCUCCUCUUGGCCUGUCUAACCGAUGUUUAACCGUGUAACCUCGAUGUAAAGGGGAAGUUUCCUCAGCCCCGCUGUGUGCUUAAAUAUUCAACUCAUCUUGUAAUGAGUUGUUCUUUCUCAUGCAGAUAAUCUUUACGCUAAUUGAACCUUCUCUGUGAAGAGAAUAAAAUCCACAAAG